AAGAGCGGCCUGCCGUUGCCGGAAAGCGCGGGCCGAUGUACCAGCCGGGUCCUCGUCCGCUUCAUCACUCUUCCCACAUCAGAUCUGCCACACUCUUAAUCGCAAAACUUCGGUGAUUUAGCGUACAGGCAACGGCCUUUUGCCGAACAUCGUCACAAUGCAUGUCAAAUUAAAGAGCUUGCCCCUCUUACCGAUAUCCGCGUCACCGGAGAAAUUGCAACCUCGCUGCACCAAUUAGAGCGUGCGGGCUACGUCGACUCGGACAAACAUGUCGAUCGACACCAGCUUCCCCAUACGGAGGCGGGCUUGCACUGCUUGCACUGCUUGCAGUGGUCUGGCAACAAGCAGACGAUACGGACUUGACCACACGGACGACAUUGUGUGCUGGUAUGACAUUGCUGUCGACUUGCGCCACAAGCAACCCUCUAAAUUCCUUAAGGUCACGCACGGAGACCUUUGAUAAUCCUGCCGUAUGGCAGGAUUAUCCAGAUCUCGAUGUCUUCCGCGUCCGUGACAUCCCCUAUUACUCUUCCUCUACUUUCGCCUUCUCCACUGGUGCACCGGUCCUCAAAUCCUUUGAUUUGUAUCGGGAGUCAACCGAUACCUUUCACUGGAUAGGCUGUAUCGCAGGUGGUUCGUCUUAUGUAUGGACGGCGAGCGGCACAAACGCAGCAGCAAAUAAUGGCGAGGUACGUGACUGGAGCUGGUUCUCUCGAGAAAUUCUGCCUCGUUGCUACUACGACAAUGGUCUGCCAAUAGACGACGAUGGUACCAUGUAUAUUGCGUACGGCAGUGCCACAGUCAAUGUUGCGCAGCUCAACGCGGUUAGUACUGCAGAAGUCAAGAACCAAGCGGUGUACACUAGUUCAGACGUGACGAAGCCUGCAGAUGACGAGUACGUGCUCAAAGUAGAUAAUGUCAGGGGUUCCGACGAGCGCCAGAUUCUAGGCGAUGUUGUUAGUACUAAGGAUGUCCAGUGGUAUUAUAUGGCCUUCCUGGACGCUUAUCCAGGUGGUCGCAUUCCUGUGGUAACUCCCCCCACUUGGACAGAAGAUGGCUGGCCGCAGGUAAUGGAGACCGUUCCAUCAAAGACCGGACUGGAUUCUUUUGAAGGACCCACGUUGAGCUAUGAAUGUGAAUGGAGCCACAACCCUGACGGAAGCGUUUGGUCGUUCGUCAGCGAUAUGCGACUUCGUACUGCUACCGUCACUAAUGACUUGUUCACAGCGCAUAACACACUAACGCGACGGAUUCUUGGACCAAAGUCGGCCGGGACAUUCAGGGUUGACAUAAGCGGCCUCAAGGAUGGAGACCGUGCGGGCGCAGUCCUGUUCCGAGUUGUUGCCGCCUAUAUUGGUAAUCACAGGUCCGGCAACUCAUCUUCGCUUUUCAUGGUUGAAAAGUUGGAUCUCGGAACCAAUUGGGUGACCAACUUGGCUGGCACUGUCGCUGCAGCUGUUCUAACCCUUGGUGCGAAUGCGACUAAGAUAUGA